CGCUGGGGUCAGACCAUGGAUGGGGAAGUAUUGCUCCCAGCUCUGUAUGAGGAGGAAGAGGAAGAGGAAGAGGAAGAGAAGGAGAAGGAGAACAAGGAGCAGAAGGACAGCGAUGUGAAGUCCCAGCAGGAAGACAAGCCUCGGGGGCUAAGCCUCACUGAGACAGAACUGGAAGAGCUGAGAGCUCAGGUGCUGCAGUUAGUGGCUGAGCUGGAAGAGACAAGAGAGCUGGCUGGACAGCAUGAGGAUGAUUCCCUUGAGCUACAAGGACUCCUGGAGGAUGAGCGAUUGGCCAGCGCCCAGCAGGCAGAGACCUUCACCAAGCAGAUCCAGAAACUCCAGGGUGAGCUAAGGUCCCUCAGGGAGGAGAUCUCCCUUCUGGAACAAGAGAAAGAGACCGAACUGAAGGACAUAGAGCAGGAGCUGCAGAUGGCCCAUGACGAGAUUCAGACCCUGCGGCAGGCGGCAGAGGAUGCCGCGGUGGAGCAUGAGGGCGACAUAGCCAGCCUGCAAGAGGACCUGUGCCGCAUGCGCUCUGAGCUCAGGGGCAUGGAGCGCAUCCAGGAAGAAUACGAGAUGGAGAUCAGCUCUUUGCGGAGUGAGAUCCAGCUGAAGGACUCCGAUCACUCUGACAGCCUGGUCCUCUCAGAUGUGAGCCUACUGCAAGAGGAAUUGCAACAGUUACGGGACCGUUGCAACCUCUUGACUGAGGAAUACCAUGCCCUGCAAAUGAGUAACAGCAGCCUGUGUGAACAGCUGGAGGAGAUGGAAUCCCAGAGAAAAAUGAGGGUGACAGAAAGGUGGUUGGAGUCACAGAAGCAGAUGUCAACGGCUGAAUCUCAGACUUCAGGAAUGGAUAUGUUUGUGGACAUCAUGUACAAUCAGUCCUGUGAUGAGGACGAGGACGAAGACGAUGACGAUGAAGAAUGUGAAAGCCUUCGGCAACAGCUUCAGGUUGCUGAGGAGCAGGUGCAAAAGAUGCAGGACACGUGUAAGGACAUGCACGCUGAAAUCCUAGAGUUACAGAAGGUGCAUCGGGCCAGUGAGGAUGAGCAGAAGCGCCUACAGAAGGAGCUGAAGCUCUGCAAGGAUGAGAUAAAUCGGCUUAAAAGUUGCCAGGAUGCUCUUAUCAAAAGCCAGACUGAGGACCUGGUGAAGAAACUGAAUGAGAUGCAGAAGAAGUACCAGGAGUGCCAGUGUGAGCAGGCAGAUCUCACAAAGUCACGAAGCCAGCUGCAGAAAGAGCUUCUUGAAAGCAAGGAAGAGCAACGUAAGCUCAUGGUUAAGAGGGCGUCCAUUGCAGAGAGCCACAAAAAUGAGAAGGAGCUGAAGGCCAAACUUGAAGAGUUACAGAAUCAGUACCGCAAAAUGCAGGAUGAAAACCGCUGUCUCUUGGAUGCCCAGGACAAGUUACAGGAGGAGCUAGAGUUUUGUGGAGUGGAGGCUGAGCGCCUCAAAGCUCUGGAGGCUGACAACCAAGAGAUUCUCGAGAAGAACAUGGAGCUGGAGGCCAGGCUGCAGGACUUGGAGGGACUCUACCAGGCCAGUCAGGAGGAGCAGGCCCGGCAGCUUCAGGUGCAGGAGGACCUGCAAGAGGCUCUCGACCUCUGCCAGCAGAAUGUGGAGAUGCUCAAGAACAUGCAGGCCCAGCAGGAGCAGUCUUGGGAGGAGGACAAUCCAUGCGAGGACCUGGUAGCUAAGCUGAAAGAACUGCAGGGCCUGUACAACGACAGCCAAAAAGAACUGGCCCAGCUGCAAUUGGAGCAGGCUGAGCUCCUGGAGAACCAGAGGAGGAUGCAGGAGGAGCAGGGCCAGCUGCAGGAGGAGCUGCACAGGCUCACCUUCCCUACACCACAGUCCAACCUGCUCCAGAAGAGUCAGGAGCUGUUGGGAAAGCUGCAUGAGCUGGAAGAACUACAGACCAGCUACCAGAACAAGCAGGAAGAGCAAAGAAAAUUGGUGGAGAGCCAGGAGCAGCUAUUAAAGGAGCAAGCCCAGCUGCAAGAAGACUUUGCACUUUUAAAGGAGAGACAGAUGGUAAAUCAGAGUUCGGCCUCUGAGAGAAUGUCUCCUCUAGAUGAUGGCAGCAAGGCUUCCUGCAACAAGGCCAAAGUGAGUCACAAAGCACGAGGGCAGAGCAGCCAAGGUGUGGCCCGCAGGCGUGUGAGGAGGCCUCUGGGGCAGCUGCAGCGGGGGGGCCCUGCCUUGGGGUGCCACUCCCUAAGGAAGCCUCAGCAGGUGCCUCCCCCACAGCAGUCGAGCAGCCUGUGCAGCCAGGUCCAGGAGCUGCAGGAGUUAUACCAGAGCAGUAUCCUGGUGCAGGAGCAGCUGCAGCAGGAGGAGGGGAGGCUGCUGGAGGAGCGCAGGCGGCUGCAGGAGGACCUUCAGCUCUGCCAGGAGGAGGUGCAGCUGCUGCAGUGUCUAAACCCCUGCUUGAGCUUCGACAGCUCCAGGAGCUAUCGCAGGAGCUACAGCAGCAGCACUGGCAGCAGCUACGGCAGAGAUGAGGAGGAUUACUGCCAGGACAACGAGAGAGUAGAGGUCCAGGAGGUGGUUGCCUGUGUGCAGAACGGGCUGCAGACAGUGAAGGCCAUGUACGCAAUCAGCCAAGAGGAGCAUGGCCAACUGCAGUUAGAUAUGAUACAGUUACAGGUGAAGCUAGGCCAUCUUCAGGAGGUGUACGAUCUCUGCCAAGAGGAGCUCAGGGACUGCAAGGAGUUUAAGAAAGUGGAAGAAGCCCCGCUUGUCCCAGUCCAGUGCACCCCUGAGUACAAAGAGCUCCAGUGCAAGCUCCGGGAGCUGCAGCUUCAGUACCAGGCCAGCAUCGAUGAGCAGAGCCGGCUUCUCACCGUGCAGGAACAACUGGAGUGCCAGCUCCAGUGCUGCCAAGAGGAGCUUUGGCAGCUCAAGGCUCAGAAGGCCUCUGUGCCAAAGGACAACAUGGACUGGUGCAAGAGUAGCACCAAAAAUGUCGGCAAAGCCACAGACAAUCCGGGCAUCAAAGCUGGCAAGGCCAUCUGCAAGACUGGCAGUCAGAGUCAGGAGCUGGAGGUGGUCCUGUACUACCAGGCCAGCCCAAGUAAACUGGAGAGAGAGGAGCCUGAGGAGGAGCUGUGUGAGACCCUGGAGGAGGAAGAGUUGCUGCUCCAAGAGAUGAUGGAGGAGGAAGAGCCUGAGCUAGAGCUGGAGCAGGAGCCAGAGCCAGAGCCAGAGCCACAGCCAGAGCCUGAGCCAGAGCCAGAGCCAGAGCCAGAGCCAGAACCAGAGGAGCCAGAACUGGAGCCAGAAACGCAGAUAGAAUGUGUGCCAAAGCCUGUGGUAAAGCAUGUAGAUUUUGUGGAAGAAGGGCCAGAUGACGUGUGGGACCAGCUAGGCGACUUUGAGGAGGAAUCGCUAGAGCAGAUUGAUGUGCAGGACCUCGGGCAGGACGAAGAGCUCUCCAAGCCAGAGCCCAAGGAGGGCACCCCCAUCAAGAUCUCUGAGAGCAAAAAGCCACCCCCUGACCCUGACCCCCCCCUCUUCUCCCUGCCUCGCGUAGGCCUGGUGGUCAUAUCGGCUCUGCUCUGGUGCUGGUGGGCUGAGACCUCAUCCUAACACAGAACUUGUUUGGGAUGUGGAAGCCCUUGGUUUUCC